UACGUAUUAGGAUGCUGGGACUUGUAGUUCUUUACACUUUCAGGGCAUAUAAUACAUUAUAAAGCCUGUAGGGGGCAGCAAAUCCAAACUGUUUCCCAACCAAAACCGAAGAAGAAGCACGAGCACUUCCUCCCAAGUUGUCACCACGGCAACCAGACAUGGCGCCGGGGAACCAACUAAUACUUUCGUCCGCUCCUCUGCAGGUCCUCUUCUACCUCAACAGCUGGUACUUUGGGGCCUUCUACGUGGCAGAGGUCCUGAUCUUCAUCUAUAAAGGGAUUCUACUGCCCUACCCGUCAGAUAAUCUGGUUCUGGAUGUGGUGCUGCUGGUCCUCUUCCUCGGUCUGGAGACUCUCAGGAUCUUUUACGGUUGGAAGGGGAACCUGUGCGAGCGCUCUCUGGCCUCGGCGGCGGCCCUCUUCGUCCUGUGUCCCUGCGCGGCGCUGGCCGUCUACUUCCUGCUGCUGCAGACCUUCGUGCUGCGCCUCGAGUUCAUCCUCAACGCAGCGCUGCUCUGCUUCUACGCCCUCGAGUUCCUGCUCGGCUUGUUCUCCGUAUCGGCCUUCUCCAGGUCCAAAGUGUACUGACGGAGACAGAAGUUUGACUUCACCUGAAACACAGAGAGAGCUUUCUUCAGAUGCCACUUUGUAAAUAACACAUUGUCUAUUUUUCCUGUUAAAAUGUAAAUCUGUUAGAUUAGUUUUUCACUGUUGGUUUCAUACUUUGGCUGGUUUGUACUUUGAAUGUACCCACCCUGAGGCUACGUUUUGGGUUUUUAAGCGUUAAGUUUUGAGCCAAAAGUGAUCCAAAACAAAACGGGUCAGAAGUGUUUCCUAAUAUCUCCGGUUUAGGGGCUCGGAA